ACCAGAGCUCUGCAAUUGAAGACGCUGCAUCUUCAAGUGACAUCCACCCCAGUAAAAAUUAUUGCCAUCUCCCACCGUCAUCACCAUCAUUAACCUAACAUCACUCCGCACUCAAACCAUUUACGGCCAUUGGUCACUUUCCGCAUACGGACCGCAUACGAACUGCCACGAGGGCUACACAUCGAGUUGCGACGCCCGCACGCCUGCACACGAUACACACACCAACAAUGGCCUCCUGCCGCAUCCCAGCCCUACGGCACCUAGUUACCACCUCCCAACGCGCCUUCCGCGCCUCAAACCAACGCCGCUGGGCCCAGGUCCACGACGCCCGCUUCCUCGCCACGACCCAACAACCCCGCGCCGUCGUCGAAAAGUACCGCGCCAAGCUCGAGAAAAAGGCCCAGCAGGAGGGCGUCUCCAACAUUGACGAGCUCAAGGCCGCCUACGCAGACAAGAUCCAGGAGCAGAAGAAGAAGGACGCCCUCUCCGUGCCGGGCCUCGAGAACCUCCUCAACGACGAGCCCGCCCCCGCGUCGAUACCGACGACGGCUACGACGAACGAGACGGAAGGCCAGACGCAGCAGCAGACGAAACAAACGGCCACCACCACCCCGAUCCCCGGAUCCUCCUCGGGCAACGGCGUCAAACCCCUCGACGAAAUCCUCGACCUCCCCAAGGCGCGCGAGCUGCCAGACAAGGAACUCACAGCCAUCUGGCGCCUCCGCCACGCCUCGGACCCGUCCUCCCUCUGCGCCGUCAUCCCGGCAUCAACCUACGCCCAGAUGGAAUCCCUCGCCCGCCAAAACCCGCAAUUCAUCCUCCCCGUCCCGCACGAGUCCCAGGGCGCCGAGAUACACUUCUUGCAAUGGGUCUUUGACGCCGCCUCGCGCACCGCGACCGUCAUGUUCACGCAGCUGGCCGAGUUCAAGGCGCGCGGCGAGUUUGCGCAGCCGCACACGACGAUUACGCACCACACCGACCUCGCGGCCGAGAGGGGGCUCGUGCUGAUGCAGGGCAAAUGCCUCGAGGACCGCGGGGUCAAGACGGCGCAUGCGCAGUGGCUUGUGUUGUGUCUGCAGCGCUUUUAUGGCGAGGCGGAGGGCAAGGAGAGGGCCGAGGAGAGGAGGAAGUUGUUGGAGUGGUUCCGGUUGGGGGAUGAGCGGUUUAGUGUCGAGAAGCUUAUGGAGGAGGCGGAGCGGAUUAGCUGAGUUUGAGGCUUCUUUGCUGUGUACGGUGCAGAAAGGGAGGGUAUGCCGCCUCGAGAUGGCCCUCGGGUAGGUGAAGAAGAUAGAUCGUGAGCCUACUGAGAGAAGAAGGGGGCUCUUGUACAAAUGUUCCGGCAGGACAAUGUAAACCACAGCAAAAUACACCAUAUUCUACAUAUAUCACA